UCAGUCUCACACAAUGAAGAAUAUAGCAUUGAUUUUCAACGGCAAUCUCAAGUACAGCAAUACACCCAAGGAAAAGACUGCAAAAUAAUAUUAAGAAACUUCAGUGCUGCAAUGGACUUCCGUGGUGAAAUUGAUAGUGACUUCCUCAAUACCAUCAGCAUUUUCUGGCUCAGGGCACAUCCACCGACUGCCAAAGAACAUUUCACAAUGGGAUUGGCCUAUAUUUUUAUGAUGGUUCUCGGUGUUACUGGAAAUUCCUUAGUGAUUUACAUGUUCUCUCGAUGUCGCACACUGAGAACUCCUGCAAAUGCUUUGGUAAUUAAUCUGGCGGUCAGUGAUUUAGGGAUGAUGAUGAAAAUUCCAGUGGUGAUUUACAAUAGUUUCCAUCAUGGGCCAGCACUUGGAUCACUCGCUUGCCGCUUUUAUGGAUUCAUCGGUGGUUUAACGGGUACGGUGUCCAUUGCAACAUUAACAGCAAUUGCCAUUGAACGCUACCACGUGAUUGUCUAUCCUCUGAAUGGUCAGAGAUCUUCUAGCCAUUUACGUCAAGUCGUAGCUUUUGUGUGGCUCUAUUCAUUCUUUUUCUCCGGAAUACCCUUCCUCGAUAUCGGCCUAGGACGAUACGUUCCCGAAGGAUAUUUAACCUGCUGCACCUUCGACUACAUGUCCGCAUCAGUAGAAGCUACAAUAUUCCUCAUGAUCUACUUCAUCUGUGCAUGGUGUCUUCCUUUCUUAACCAUUGCAUUCUGCUACAUGCAAAUCAUGAGAGCUGUUGCCUUCACAAAUCGCCUCCAGUGCACAAAGGUUCGCAAUAAAACCGAACUGAAGCUAUCAGCUGUGGUAUUUGGGAUUAUUGCACUGUGGUUCCUUGCUUGGACCCCAUAUGCUGUGGUGGCACUCAUGGGAAUCUCAAAAUAUCGCUCCUACAUCACGCCCUUUGCAUCCAUGAUGCCGGCAUUUUUUUGCAAGAGUGCUGCAUGCCUCAAUCCCUAUGUGUACGCACUAACGCACACGAAAUUUCGCAAAGAAAUCCACAAGAUGCUACAGAGUUGUGGUAGAAAGAAAGAUCUUCAGUAUGUUGUGUCAUUUUCACGUAUUGCAACCAAGCAUGUUGUGAAGGAACUCACAAUUUCCGAAGGAAGCAAAGGAGAAAAAUCUCCCUAAAAAUAAUUGAAUAAGUGACAUUAAGUGUUUGUCUUCAAAAUGGAGAUUUAUUCUCCGGUGGAUUUUUAACAAUCUCGUGGUGUUGUGUAAUCUAUGUGCAGAUUUAGUGUAUUAUAAUGUGCAUAUGAUUCGUUUAGUGUUUUAUAUUGUAGAACAAAAAGGAUGUACAAAAAGGAGAAAUUAAAUUUCAUCAUCAUGGAUAAAGCGCGGUGAUGAAAAGUAAGAAAAUUUAUUAUAAUAACCACUUACAGCAUAAUUAAUACCUACACAAAAUG